GCUGUGUGGUGGGCGUGUCAGGGGGAGGCGGGGCCCUUGUAAAUGGCGGCAGCGCGAGAGUCUAAUCAGAGUAAUACGGGGAUGCCGAGCAAGAAGCCACAAGGGAAAGGGCGUGCUGCCAAAGCCUUAAAGUCGUUGCAGUUUGCGAACCCAGGGCGGCAAACAGAAUUCACGCCAGAAACUAGCACAAGAGAGAAACGGAGGCUGACAAAGGCAUCUGGAUCCGACAGGCAACUCAUACCGUCAAAGAACAAGGUCUACGAUAACCACGGGAUUCUCCUAGCCAAUGGGAUGGAUCUCUGUGAUUGCUUGGACGAAGACUGCAUGGGCUGCUUCUACUCGUGCAGAAAAUGCGGCUCUAACAAAUGCGGCGUGGAAUGCAGAUGUGACCGCAAAUGGCUUUAUGAACAAAUUGAGAUAGAAGGAGGGAUCACCAUACGUAAUAAACAUGCUUGAAGUGCAGGUUUGAUGGCAGUGGAAAUCAUUUACUGGCAUAAGACCCUUCGUCAAUAUCCACUGAAGACUUGACUAUUGCAGCAGCAGAGGUGGCUUCUGUAUGGCAACGAAGCCGAUUUACAUUCAACCUCAUUCUUCAGAGUCCUGUGGAUUCAAGUCUUUCUGUUUUUAGUUUAGUUGGAGAAGCCGGUUUUCCACAGGAUGUUAUUCAAAGCAGAUGUUCAUACCUAAGAAAUCUUGCAUAAUUGCAUCUGCUUCUUGCAAUUGAUACAGGAUUAAUUUUUUUACUUAUCGGGAAAUUUUAUAGUACAGCAUGGAAAGCUUUGAUAUAUUUUCAGUAUAUGUAAAGAUUUUUUGCAUUUCUCACUUUCAAAAGCCAAAGUUUGACUGCAGUUUGCUAGUUGUGUGUUCUGUUCCCCCCCCUCCACUAUAUUUGUUUGAUUUAAACUCUCCCCCCUUCCGCUUGUGGGAGGAGGUCAUGUAGGGAUAAAUUGUACAUUCCCGGUGUCAUAGGUUUAUUUUUGGCAUUUACAAAAAAUGUGCAAGGCAUUAUAUCAGACCUAUUUUUCAGAUUGCCAGUUUAAAGGAGAGCUAUAUUUCCAUUUGGGGUUUAUGCUAUAACAUGUAGGGACUAGGUGGGAGACUUGGGACGUUGAUACAUUCUAAUCUUGUUGCGACUUCAUCUCUGGGUGAGCACUACACUUAUUGUUUCAUGGCAUCCCAUCCAUCCCAGGGAGGAGAGCUGCCAGCCAUGACCUUUUCUGCCAUUAGCAGUUGAAGUCCUGUCCAUCUUGUAUUCAGUCCCGCUUGUCCAGGUGUACCCUGUUUGUAUUUAAUUCGUUAUAAUGGUGGCUGCAGCAAGAACGUUGUGUAAGUACAAAUGUUGGAAUGUGAGUAAAUGUACAUAGGGGAAGCAGCACUGUCCCCAAUAGCACAGAGUAAUGAUAGCAGGCUCCGGUAACUAGUGAAUAAAGUGUUUGGUAUCACCAGGUGUAGUACGAGUGGCCGGCGGCUGGGAUCUUGUGUCCCAGCGUACCAGUGCCGAGAUCCCGACUGCCGGCUUACCGACAGCUGGGCGAGUGCUAAUGAGCCCCUUGCGGGCUCGCUAUGCUGAGGCCACUGUGGCACGCUACGCUAGUUAUUCUCCCUCCAGGGGGCUCGUGGACCCCCAAGAGCAGGGAUGGGGAACCUUCGGCCCUCCAGCUGUCGUUGAACUACACAUACCAGCAUGCCUUGAUACAGUUUUGCUAUUUGGCCAUGCUAAAACGGUUGCAUGGCAUGCUGGGAUGUGUAGUUCAACAACAGCUGGAGUGCCGAAGGUUCCCCAUCCCUGCCCAAGAGGGAGAAUGUGUCAGAAAGCUGGCGGUCGAGAUCCCAGCGCCAGUAUGCUGGUUGCCGGGAUCCCGGCCGGCGGCAUACUGAAGACCACCCGGUGUCGCCCACACCCAAGUUAUGUUGCAGUGCGCUUUGUAAGCAACAUCUGGACUGCUCUGGGGCAGCCCACAGUUCCAGUCCAGUUCUUUCUCCUUAAACACUGCAUAGGGGGAAUGUAAUAGGGUAUGGGUUUUGCAAAAGUGUCAUGUUUGUUAUACAACUUUAAAUAUUAUAGAAAAAUCUGCAGUUUUACAAACUCAUACCCUUUUUAUCCCCAUUCUCCCCUUUAUAGCUUGGACAAGGCUAAACAGAUGUCUAAGUAUACCUAGAGCUUGUGGCGAAAUUGUGAUUUUUGUCUCCAGCAGCUUAAACCUCCCACUGCCCUCCUUAAAUCACCUGACUGCUCCUUUCUUCAUGUCAUUCUCUGCUGCAUGGAGGUACCAGGAUGUGAAUGGAGGAGAGGAUGUGUGGUGACCACAGGCAGGCAGAUCUAUCCAAGAUGCAAAGACGCAGUGAUUUUUGCUUUGAGUUUGUCAUGUUUCCCCACUCUAUGGAUGAAUAUUUGCAUUUUGUUCUUUAUUUUUUCUCCUGGAAUGACUAUGUUGAUAGGAUGACUGUUGGUAAGGAACAGGCACACUUCAAUUGUCAUGGCAAUUGGAUCACAUUAGUACACUUUGUAUUGCAGCAUUAUCAGGGAAGUUGCAAAGCCAUUAAAGAACACCAGUCUAUUUAGAAGGGACCAGUGCAUCAUGUAUGUGGGUUAUAAUGGCUGAAUCUCUUGUCUGAGUUCUUGUGAAUAUCUGUGCCGCUCCCAAUACUGCUGCCUCACUGUGUACAGGCGACAGUGGCUGUUACACAAACCUAUUAUCUGUGUGACAUGACUUUUAUACUUUGUAGCCUUUCCCAUGUCUGUGUGUGGCUCUUUCUACUCUGUGUAGGUGAUGAGUUAUCUUCAUCUGGCCAGAGGUUAUUGGAAUAAAGCUAUUUGAAAAGGAUGACUGUGAACAAUAUGCUCAGGUAUAAUAAAAAUAAAAUAUUCCUUUUAUUGUUA